AUGGCUACUUUUCUUGGCAUUGCUAUUGGAGUGACGAGCAACACUAUAGAAUCUGGACUCUACUCUGGUCUCCCUAGAGCAGAAUCCAUCAAUGAUAGCUAUGGCUAUGGCUCCACUACAAAGUUCUCACAACCAAUCUCAUUCCUCCACCUGUCACCCUUUUCUUCCCGCCAUAACCUCUUCGCUCUUUCAUUUCGGACCACAAAGCCAGCGCCUCUUUCACUUUCAUCGUCAAUAUUGUCCAACAACUAUAACCCUAUUCGAUCGUUUAAGGUCCGGUCACAGAUAAAUUUCCCGGUCAUUUCUCCGGACGACCAUUGGGGCACGUGGACGGCUCUCUUUGCCACCGGGGCGUUUGGUCUCUGGUCAGAGAAGACCAAGAUUGGGAGCAUGGUGAGUGCAGCUCUGGUGAGCACAUUGGUUGGAUUGGCAGCGAGUAAUGUAGGCUUAAUUCCUUUUGAAGCACCAGCGUAUUCAAUGUUCUUGGAAUUUCUGCUGCCUUUAUCUGUGCCAUUGCUUUUGUUUAGAGCUGAUUUGCGUCGAGUUAUUCGUUCAACUGGGACUUUGCUCUUCGCUUUCUUGAUCGGAUCAGUUGCUACUAUUAUCGGAACAGUAGUGGCUUUCCGGUUGGUGCCUAUGCGAUCACUUGGAGAAGAUAGUUGGAAAAUAGCAGCUGCUCUCAUGGGUAGUUAUAUUGGUGGAUCUAUUAAUUAUGUUGCAAUUUCCGAGGUUCUUGGUGCUUCUCCAUCAGUUGUGGCUGCUGGAGUAGCCGCAGACAAUGUUAUAACUGCAAUAUACUUUCUGAUAUUGUUUGCUUUGGCCUCCAAAAUACCUCCUGAGGGUCCACCAGCCAGUGGUGUUGAAAUGGACACAGAGUCCAAUUCUGGAGGCAAGACUCCUGUGCUACAGACUGCUAUGGCUCUAGUCAUAUCCUUUGCAAUUUGCAAGACUGCCAUGUACCUCACAAAACUGUGCAGAAUUCAAGGAGGCAGCCUUCCAGUAGUAACAGCUAUUGUUGUCCUUUUGGCUACUGUAUUCCCAACACCAUUUGGUUACCUUGCACCAGCAGGUGAUACCAUUGCUCUGGUCCUGAUGCAGGUAUUUUUUGCAGUCGUGGGUGCGAGUGGGAGCAUAUGGAAUGUCAUAAACACUGCACCUAGUAUUUUCUUGUUUGCUCUGGUUCAAGUACUUGUACAUAUUGGUGUAGUCCUUGGAUUGGGCAAGCUUUUUCGCUUUGAUUUAAAGCUGUUGCUCAUUGCAUCAAAUGCUAAUAUUGGAGGCCCUACAACAGCAUGUGGAAUGGCCACGGCCAAAGGAUGGGGUUCUCUAGUUGUUCCUGGGAUUCUUGUUGGCAUUUUUGGAAUUGCCAUUGCCACUUUUCUUGGCAUUGGAUUUGGAUCGAUGGUCCUUAAGUACUUGUAAAUUCUAUGAAAUUAAUAUGGCAUUUGGCUUGGGAUAAUUGUCUUAAUCACACAUCCCCCGUUGAACAAGGUGCAUAAACUACCAUUAGAGUAUAUAUCGAAGAAAAUUCAUCAUCAUGAUGACUGAA